CACACACAGAACAGAUAAGUUGAGUUUGCAGAGCAGAAGGGGCAGGAGUCACAGUCCAGCGCAGUCAUUUACUUUCACUGCGGGGUUUACAAGCCGUCCAGCUGCACAUUUUCAGGGAAACUCUUGUUGCAUUCCAGCUCGGAGCAAGACUGCAGCGGUUUCCAACAUAGUCAAGCAAAAAAAAAAAAGAAAAAAAAAAAAAAGGAAGAAAUAAAAAGGGGAAUCAAGAGACAGACAUGAAGGACAAAGUGAGGAAAGGAGCAGGAGGAAGAACUCAAGCCAAGACAAAUGAUGUUACCAGUGUUGCUCAUAGAAAAGAUGCUCCUGCUAUCAAGCACGAAGAUGACUCAUCGUUCCCCGUCAAGAUCCAGGGAGCUGGAGUGGAGCCGUUCGAGUUUCAGAUUCUUAGAUUUUGGCUGGUUCAAGAUGCGCUCUCCACUUUGCUGUCAAGAGAUGAGGUGGCCCCCCGCUCCAACCUGUCCCUGGCCUUCGCUGGCGCGACACUCGACCCCCUCGCAGGAUUGCAAAACGUCAAGGGACUUAAACCUGGAGCCGUCCUGCGUUUGGUUGAGGAGCCUUUCACCGCCCGAUCAGCAAGGCACCAUUUGGCUCGCGUCCUAGAGCUGUUGAGGGCAUCCGGACCCCAGGAUGCGUUGAGAGAAGGACGUUCGCCGAGCUUACUGGAAACGCUUACGCACGCACACGCGCCAGAAACAAACGUACCAAACGGAAAAAGCCUGAAACGCUCCGCAAGCAACCCCAAAGCAGAAACAUCCAACAAUGAUGCGACACCCCCUGAGUACCUCCUUCCUGGUUCCUCAGACAGACCACUGAUGGCACUACUUCCACAUAGCUCCCAGCCAGAGGUGUCAAGCUACCUUCGGGACUUGUCUCUUAGCUCUUGGGACCCUCCUCCAGGUCACAGGAAGUUGCAAGGAGACUACCUGUACAUUACUGUGGUGACGAUGGAGGGACAAAGCUGUGACGUCACAUCUUGCCCAAAAGGCUUCUUUGUUAAUAGAUCCACAGCAGAAGUGUUUGACCACCGUCCUUCCCAAUCAUCACCGGUGUGCCACUGCUUCACUGACUUGCUGUGUCACAUUAGUCCUGCCUUCAAACAAGCUUUUACUAAAAGCAGGCAUCAGAUAUCGCAGGUGAAUAUGAUGCCCACUCCUUACCAAACGCUGUGCUGGCUCGGCCCUCCCUGUGCGACACGCACCCACAAAAACACCUUCAGCAGGCUGGGGGUAGAUGAUCAACCGGCAAACCAGCCUCCAGACUGGAAUGAGGAGCUGCAAGCAGCCAGAGAUCGUCCACAAACAAGCCUGGAAGAGAGAUUGCAGAGGGAGCGAGCUCUCUUGCAGCUAAAUAGUGCAUUUGUGAGGACCGUGUCCCAGGGGGCAGAGACUGUGGUGGAAGGCUUUGUUGAGCCGGUCAAUGGUAACCCCGAGGAUCCAGCUUUCUUGUUUGGGGGCCUGUUCAUGAGCCAAGGGGCAGCUAGUGCUGUGUUUGGUGGAGAGAGGGGACGCAGGGCCGCUCAGAGACUGGAGCUGAAAGGGGUGCAGGCUUACAGUGACUUACAGGGGCUGCAGGGUUUGCACACUCUACCUACGGCCAUUGUGGACUACAGAGGAGUGCGGCUGUCAGCCCAAGGUUUGGCUCCCGGCUUGGAAGGCACGGAGCAGGAUGAGGGAACCGCUCCCGGGUCACGGGGGUUACUCUACGGAGUGAAUGCUGGACUGCAGGAGUCCCCACAUCGCAGACGCCUACUGGAACUCCUGGCUCACGCCUCCAAAGCGCUUUCUCUCCAGAAACACGUCGUCUUAGCGGCCAACGGUCACCGGGUACCGCUGUUCACAUCAGUGGACGCGCAAGGACUGCUGGGGGCCGACGGGCGGUUCUACAUAUUGGAUGUGUUUCGGACUUUCCCAUCUGAUGCCAACUACUGUCCGGACGUCAGUGGUGAGACACUAAGUGGAGAAGAGAAGCAGAAAGAAAGCUGCAAAGGAGCUGGGGAGAAGAGCACCGGUGCAAAAGAAGGCUGGCCACUAAAUUACCGAAAAGACUUUGGCCUUCCGAAGAGUUUUCCCCACAGCCUGUGCAGGCUGAGGCCAGAGUUGAUGCAGGCCUUCAUCCAGCACAAACACACCCAGUUCACGCAGCUCGUCAGAGAGAAGUUGGACAACAACGGAGGCUUCGAAGAAUGUGCGACAGCUUGUGACUCUCGAGCCACGGAGGCAGUGCGAGCUGCUUGUCGAGAAGUGGGCUCUCUGAGUGAAAUCAUCUUUGAGAUGCGGUUUUGCCCCAAUGUCUUCUCUCCAGGAGUAUCAUUCCCCAGUGGCGAAAGUGAAUCGCUACGGAUCCAAGAAAAGUUACUGCGAGAAGCCGCGGCUUUCGUCGUCAGCCACCAGAUACCAGCCUUUGUGCAGUGUUGCCUGCAAAGCAGUGACACUCCAAUGGAUGGAGCUUCCCUAAAGGAAGCGCUACACGAGAGGGGCAUCAACUUACGCUAUCUCGGCCAUGUUAUCAAAACAAUCAACCAGUCCAAACACAAAGAGCAACUAAGACAUUUAAUGAGAAUAGUCAGGUGUGAAAUAUUAAUGCGCUCGGCAAAGAGAGUCUUCAACAGCUUCCUCCAGGGAGUCGACAUGCCGUGUUUAGCCGCGGCGAUCAGUCACUUCUUGUGCUGCCUGCUGGUCCCUCACUUCACAGUCACCACACUGGGAGAGGAGACAAAAAAGAAGUCACGGCGCCGCGGCCGAGGUCCCGGGGCAUCCGAGAGCACGCCCUGGAGCACGCUCACCGCCACUGAGCUAUGGAACCAGCUCUCCCACGAUGCUGUCGAAACAUACGGCCAGUCUGACAGCCUUGGUCCUGGUCUGAACCAACUGGUUGAACGCUACGGGCUUCAGAAGAUCUCACUGCUUAGAGAGUUCUGUUUGAAAACGGGAGUACAGCUGCGAUUGAGGGACUACUUCUUCGACAGCCACAGCAAAGCUCCCAUCGGACCAGACGACAUCAUCAACCUCUUCCCCAUUGUCAAACACAUUCAGACCCCCACUUCAGAUGCGUCGAAGGCAUUCCGUGCUGCGCAGAACUACCUUCAGAAAGGUCUGUUGGAUCAGGCCUACGAACAGAUAAAAGAAGCCGCAUAUCUGUUCGGUAGAGUCUGUGACGAUCUCCAUCCCGAGGCUUGUUUUUGCCACAGCCUGCUAGCCAAGUUAGCGUUCCUGCAGGGGAAAGCUGCUGAGGCCCGCAGUGUCCAGUUGAGAGCCGUGAUCAUCAGUGAGAGGGUGCUCGGGUUUGAUCACCACAACACUAUCCACCAAUAUGCACUCUUAGCUAUCUAUGUUUUUGCCGGCGGGGAGACCAACCUGGCCCAGAAGUGUUUGCUCAGAGCACGUCUGCUUCUGCUGACCAUCCACGGAGAAGACCACCCGUACAUUGCCAGGCUAGAUAGUUGUCUUGGCCUGCUGUUAACAGGGGACCAAGCAGGGAAAUACUUCAAAAAUGCCCUCAGACUCAAUAAUUCCUUCUUUGGCCCAACAAAUGUGCACACUGCCCUCACUCAGCAUCUGGUGUCCCAGUGGCUGUGCAGCAAAGGCGACUACCGAGGGGCUAUGAAUCACGAAAAAGAGGCCCUCGCUGCUUUCACCACCUUGUUUGAUGAGGAUCACCCUCAGGCACGAUGCAGCAAAGAGUUUCUGUGCACAAUCACCAAGCAGGCCGUGCAGGUGGAACGCUCCCUCAGAAAGGCCGGAGCCAAUGCUACAGAACACGCGGUGGAGUGCCUGUCCCCGACAAGUGAGACCGUUCUGGAGCAGAUGGUUUUGGUCUCUGGGAUCAAGACGAUUGCUAUCAGUGACAGGUACCAGGAGUACAAGCGGAAACAUAAAGAACUGAAGGCAGCCGUGACAAAAGAGUUGAUGAGUAAAGCAGCAAAAGAGCUCUUCGAGGUUAUGAACGGGCACGAGGAGCCAGCCCAAGAAACAGGAAGCGGCGCGGGCGAGGAAGUUCCGAACGGAGGAAGUCUGACGCUGGAGGAAACGAGGGAUAGUCAGCAAGCGGAGGAAACCUCGGCGAACGCUCACGUGGGAGAGGAGAAAACAGAAGCGGACGGAGGCCAGCCGGAGCCCGGCCAAAGUGUGGUUUUCGACGCUGAAGCCAAAAUGGAGGAUUUUGCUCACGGGGACUCAAGUGCACCAAAUGGCGUCGAGGCCACUGAAGAGACUCAUUGCGACCGAACACCUGAUGAGAAGAAAUCAGACGACGUUACUGGGAGCCCGAAGAGUAAGGGAACGUGGGCAGACGUCGUCUCAAACAUGGCAGCGGCUGCUGAGACGGGAAGCAACGGUUUCGAGGGCGUCGCAGUCAAUGGAACAGAUCAAGUGUAAAAAUAUCACACAUUAGAAAUUAACGUAGCAGCCCACUGUAAAAUACACGGAGACAUAACGAGCUUCACUACGAGAUGUCUGCUAUGCUCCAGCGCUACUUUUCUUUUAAAAAAAAAAUAAACUUUUUACCAUGGU